AUGUAUGGCUUAUGCCUCGGGCAUAGGGACGACGCUUACAGCAUCAUGGUAGGGUCGCCGACGCUACGCGUGCUGCACAUCAGCGACACGCAUGUGGACCCUAGUUACAGCGAAGGUAGCGAGGCGAACUGCAACGAACCUCUGUGCUGCCACGGCGGACGUGCCCGCGGCAAAGCAGCAGCGACGGAUUGCGGCCACUGGGGAGCCUUCCACACCUGUGAUAUUCCACCGAGGACGUUCGAGCACAUGCUCAAGACGGUCAGGGACACUCAAAAGAUUGACUAUGUCAUCUGGACGGGUGACAUGGUGGCACACGACAUAUGGAACACGUCACGAUUGUGCAACCUGGGCAUGGAAUACACAGUGAAGGCCAUCGAGAAAUACCUGCCAGGUGUUCCAGUCUACCCAGCUGGCAAUCACGAAGGACAGCCUCUAGAUGCCUUCCCUAUACCAGCAGUGAAGGGCAACCGGUCUGUGGAUUGGCUCUACACAGCUCUGGCUUCACAGUGGUCCCAGUGGCUGCCUCCAUCAGCCACCUUGACUAUGAAAAGAGGUGCCUUCUACGCUGUUACACCAUUUCCUGGAUUGAAGAUCAUUUCUCUCAACAUGAACUACUGCAACACCCUGAACUGGUGGCUUCUGCUGGAUCCAAGAGACCCCGCCGAACAGCUGGCUUUUCUCGUUAAUGAGCUUCAGGAGUCCGAGAUGAAAGGCCAAAAA